AUGGCGGCAGCAUGUCUCUUCCUCUGCCUCGUCUCCGCUCUUGCCUUGCCCACCUUCUCUUCCUCCUCGCAGUCGCUGGCCAGCGCCACCAGCGACCAGCGGGACGCCGACAGAGUGGCGCGCCUCCCCGGGCAGCCGGAGAGCCCGAGCAUGUCGCAGUUCUCCGGCUACGUCACUGUGAACGAGCGCAACGGGAGGGCGCUCUUCUACUGGUUCUUCGAGGCGCAGACCACGCCGGAGGAGAAGCCGCUCCUCCUCUGGCUCAACGGAGGACCUGGUUGCUCCUCGAUUGGCUAUGGAGCUGCAUCUGAGCUAGGGCCUCUCAGAGUUGUCGGACGAGGAGCAGCGCUGGAGUUCAACGAAUAUGCCUGGAACAAAGAGGCUAACCUGCUGUUCUUGGAGUCUCAUGUUGGAGUUGGCUUCUCCUACACCAACACAUCCUCUGACCUUGACAAACUCAAUGAUGACUUUGUAGCGGAAGAUGCGUAUAGCUUCCUAGUGAAUUGGCUAGAGCGGUUUCCGGAGUACAGGGACAGAGAGUUCUACAUCGCAGGAGAGAGCUAUGCAGGUCAUUAUGUGCCACAGCUGGCUGAACUUGUUUAUGAUAGGAACAAGGACAAGAAGGGCAAAGCGUAUAUCAACCUCAAGGGGUUCAUUGUUGGGAAUCCUAUUACUAAUUAUUACUAUGAUUCGAAAGGGCUAGCUGAGUAUGCCUGGAGCCACUCAGUUGUGUCUGAUGAAAUAUACGACCGCAUCAAAAAGUAUUGCGACUUCAAGAAUUUUAAUUGGUCUGAUAACUGCAAUGCUGUCAUGGAUAUCGUCUAUAAUCAGUAUAGUAUCCUUGCAUAUGAAUGCAGAAAGUUCCAGCAGGAGAAGUUCAGGAGAAGGAUACGGAUGUUCUCUGGCUAUGAUCCGUGCUACUCAUCCUAUGCUGAGGACUACUUCAACAAGAAGGAAGUGCAGAAGGUGUUUCAUGCUAAUGUCGUCAGUGGAUCGCUUCCAGUGAAAUGGCAUGUCUGCAGUGAUCCCAUCCUGAAUUUCUACAAUUUCUCGGUAUUCUCGGUCCUACCCAUAUACUCUAAGCUCAUCAAAGCAGGACUGAGAGUUUGGCUCUACAGCGGUGACGCAGAUGGUAGGGUCCCAGUGAUCGGCUCCCGGUACUGUGUGGAAGCACUCAAGCUGCCUAUGAAGACCCAGUGGCAACCCUGGUACCUUGACAAACAGGUUGCUGGGAGGUUUGUGGAGUACUAUGGGAUGAGCAUGGUGACGGUCAGGGGUGCAGGUCACCUGGUGCCCCUUAACAAGCCUGCUGAAGGGCUGACACUGAUCAACACAUUCCUCCGUGGUGAGCAGCUUCCCACACACCGUUGA